CCCCGGGGCCGUGUGUACCGGCACGGGCCGGCCCAGGUCCUCGGCCGUGCUGCUGCGGGGCCCGGGGCUCGGUGACGCUGGGCUGGCCCGGUUCCGCCCGGGACCGUGGGGGGCUCGGGGAGUCUCACACACCGGCGUGGCCCCGUCCCUGCUGUGACCACGAGCCCAUCCCGGACGCCGGUUUGGACUGGCCGGGUCCCGGUUACAUCGGCGCUGCCCCGGGGCACCUGCGUGCGGCUGAAUCCCUGCUCCCCGCGGGCCGGGCAGGGCCGGGCCGGGCCGGGCGGGGCCGUUCCCGGCCGCGGUGGCAGGGCCGAGACGUGUCGGCUACGUGGCCCCGGGGCGGGGCGGGCGGCACCGACACGCGAACGGGGCUGGCUGAGUGGGUACCGGGGAGCACCGGCGGUACCGGGUUGGUGUGCGGGGUGAGUGGUACCGGGGGCUGCGCUGGGUGGGCAGCGCCGGCCGGUCCCACGCGCUCCGCGUUCCCAGCACCCUCCCAGCCGUGCGAGCGCGUCCCCGCCGUGCUGGAACCGGGGCGGCUCCCGGAGCCCCCGCCCCUCUCCCAGCGCCGGGUUCCCACGGGCGCUCGCACCGACCCCCGGCAGGGCCAGCCCCGACCCCGGUGUUCCCGUCCCGCCGCAGCCCGAGGUCGCGGGAUGAGGAAGCCGCCGCUGCUGCUGCUGCUGCUGCUGCUGGGGCCAGCGGCGUGGGCCGCCCCCAGGGCGGGCACCAACAGGCCUGAGCCCCCCAUGGCCGCAGUCGUGGAUCCGUACCCCGACCCACUGAGCCCGGAGUCACCUGCACUGCAGUGAGUCCCUGCCCUGGGGACCCCACAGCACUGGGACCCCCACCACGGCCAGGGCUGGGCGGGGGGCACGGACAGUGCCCAGCCUGCCGUGGGGCAGUGCAGUGCUUCCCACCCCAGCCCUGCUCCCCCCAGGCUGCUGUGGAGCGCCGUGCGGAGCCUGGGGCCCCCGGAGCAGGACGUGGAGGCCAUGACACGGGAGCAGGCCCUGCUCUACCUCUUCGUGCUCCAUGACCACGACCAGAGCAGGCGCCUGGAUGGGCUGGAGCUGCUGCAGUUACUUGGCACGGUGCUGGCACAGGCUGGGGGGCAGCCAGACCCUGACAUGGUGGCUGCACUAGUGGAUCAAGCUCUGGCAAGGCAGGACCUGAAUGGGGAUGGGCUGCUGAACCCCUCUGAGCUGCUGGACCCCCCCGAGAUGCUCUUGUCUGGUCAGGACAAGGGUCCCCCAGGACAGCCCCCACUAGAGCAGGAGGCAGGGGUUGGAGCUGUGCCUGGCAAGGGCAUGGAGAUGCCAAGGCAGGACCUGGGGUUGAAAAGCCCAGGACAGGCAGCCACUGAGGCUGGAGAGCCCCAGACUGGAGCCCCUGAGGAGGGAGCCCCUGAGGCUGGAGACCCCCAGACUGGAGCCUCUGAGGAUGGAGCCCCUGAGGAUGGAGCCCCCAAGAUGGAAUCUCUCGAGGUGGAAUCUCCCAAUGCUGAGGCCUUGGAAGCAGAAAUCGUUCCUGGGGCCAAAGCCCCCAGUACUGAUGCCACAGAGGAAGAGGAAUCCCCUGAGGCUGAAGCCCCUGAGGAGCAGGCAGCCCCAGCUUGGAGGGACCAUGGGGAGGGGUAGGCAGUGGGGGCUGUGGGAUGCAAUGCCCCGGCUGCUCCCUGCCCUGCUCAGGGCACACAGGGGCAGGGGGAUGGCCCCUGGCCAGGCUGCUGGGGCCAAGCAGGGCUGGGGUGGAGUGGUCUCCUCUGUAACUCAUCGGACG